UCUCAGGAAAAACAUGGGGAGAAAAUGCAGGCCUUUGGAUGGCCCUUCUUUGUGACCUCACUCAAGCAGGAUGACCCUAAGUUGAUUGAAUACAUCCGAAAUACUGUUUUGAUGCCACCUUCAAAACUACCUUAUGCUCUAGCAAGUGGAGAUAAUGCCACUGUGUUCUCUCAAUUUGGGAAAGUGGAAAGUGAGACUUUGCCAUUGCUUUUUGGGAAGGAUAUGAGAAAUGGGACAUUUUUCGAAGCUGGGGGUUUGGAUGGAGAGUGGAUGUCAACAACUUUGUACAUGGAGAAGUUUUUAGGCUGGACUGGUUUACUUGCUGAAAUGGUCCCAACUCAUGCCAAAAAGCUGCUGACUAAGCACAGGAAAGCUUGGUUUGCUCCAGCAUGUUUGUCUCCCCAUUCUUGGCCAAUUGUGGCAAAUUACAAAACACGAUAUGAGAAGGCCCUUGAUGCAGGUGCUUCAGUUCUGAAGCAAGCAUUCAAUGAUCAACCUUCUAAUGUUCUUUCAAAGAUCUCAUUUGGCACUUCCCCUUGCUUUCCACUGUACUCACUACUAGUGGCCACCAAUUUGACAAAAAUUGAUUUUUGCACUCUGGAUGUUGAGGGAAUUGAACUGCAGGUACUGAAAACUAUUCCAUGGGAUAAAGUGGAUAUCAAAGUCAUUUUGCUGGAUCUUUUGCACACUGCUGAAGGAGAGCAAGCACUUGAUGAAUACAUGAAUGCUGUUCAUUACAGGAAAAUUAGAAAGAAAGAGACUAAGAGGGGUUACACUUAUGUUCGGAAAGAUUGGGCUGCUGAAAAGAAUUUGAUGGAUGAAGGGAAACGUAUUUUCGGGUCACCAUCAGCAUUAUUACCGGGGCCUCCUGAAACCAGACCCAGUAAUAAUGCGACCCAUGAUGUGACCCCUCCGGCUAAGCCACCCAGAAAGCAAUCGAAACCCCUCGACCCAAGACUGUGUCGUCAGUUUGCUCUGUCUUGUGCAAGGAACCACGUGGAAGACAUCUUGGAAGCCUUGUCUGAAUGUCCAAAGCUGGUGGCCUGGAAAGACCCAAUGACAGGUUACUGUGCCAUCCAUUGGGCAGCCAGGAAGGGAAAUGUGGACUUACUGUCAUCAUACCAGGAGGUCCUGGGGUUUGAUGUGAAUGCCAGGACGAACAGUGGAUUUGUUGCUCUACAUAUUGCUGCUCAAUUUGGGAAUAUGGAGUUUUAUGAGUUCCUUUUGACAAAGUUGAAGGCCAAUCCAACAUUCAGGGAUUACAGUGGCAAAAAACCUCACCAGUAUCUGUAA